AUGUUGUUCUACUCAUUUUUUAAAACUCUAAUUGGACAACAAGUAACCGUGGAAUUGAAAAAUGAUCUUGCUAUAACUGGCAUUCUUACUUCUGUUGACCAAUUUCUAAAUAUCAAACUCGAUGAAAUCCGAGCUGUAGAUGAGGCAAAAUACCCUCAUAUGAUGGCCGUCAAAAAUUGUUUUAUUCGUGGAUCCGUUGUCCGAUACGUCCAAUUACCUGCUAGUGCUGUGGAUACUGCUUUGUUACAAGAUGCAGCGAGGAGGGAAGCACAACAGCCGACCACAGGAGGUGCUCAUUAA